AUGGCAUAUCCAGCAUACCAGAAGGGAACCGUCACCUUCGAAGCCGCCGUCAAGGCAGGAGGUCUCGAGGGGAAAGGCGUUAUUAUCACUGGAGGCGCAAAAGGUAUGGGGGAAGAAGGUGUCCGGGCUUUUGUUGCCGCAGGGGCUCACGUCACAUUUGGUGAUACGGAUGAACAGAAUGGAUCGAAACUCGAGGCAGAAUUGGCACCGAAUGCCAAUUUCAUCCGCUGCGACGUGACGUCCUGGGAGGAUCAACUGGCCAUGUUCAAGCUGGCCAUAAGCAAAUCGCCCCGUAAGAGUAUUGACAUAGUAGUUGCAAAUGCAGGCAUCAGUGGCCCGGAUGAUGUCUUUAGCGUCGAAGGUCAGAAUACCGACGAGCCGCUCAAACCCCAGCUGAAGAUCGUCAACAUUGACCUGCUAGGAGUCAUGUACGCGUUGAAGCUGGCGCGCCACUAUUUCAUGAAGCAUCCGCUUGAUGCCAAUCACGAUCGCUGCUUCAUCGUCAACGCUAGCUUGGUUGGAUUUCUGGACGUACCUGGUAUCCCCCAGUACAUGGCAUCGAAAUGGGGGUGUCGGGGCUUGAUGAGAUGCAUUCGACGCACUACUGCAGUGGAUGGGGUUCGCAUGAACCUCACUGGGCCAUGGUAUGUUGGCACCACGAUCCUCAGCCCCACGGUUCAGGAGUAUUGCAAAAGCAAAGGAAUCGUAUUUGCGGAGGCAGAGGAUGCAGCCAGUGCAUGGCUCAAGAUCGCCUCGACUCCUUCGGUUAAUGGGCGGUCCUUUGGAAUUGUUCCCCGUGGCACCACGCCACAGGGCUUUCUUGAUCUGGGGAAAGACGACUAUGCCGACGGAGAAUACUUGGAUGAGCUUCAGGAUAUCUUGCUGAGGACUUCCCAUCGGCUGGCGGUCAAGGCUGAGAGCCAGUGA